AUGGAUCUCUAUGUCGCAGCUAGAGCGGGCGACGAGCAGGCGGUGCGGGAGCUGCUGGCUGCCGGCGCCGCGACUGAAGCAGCCGCGGCAGGAACCGGGCAUGUGGACGUGGUGCGGCAGCUGCUGCAGGCAGCCCCAGCCACGGUGUCUGCAGUGGACAUGCUGGGCUUCACCCCGCUGCAUACUGCGGCUUGGGAUGGCCACUCAGCGGUGGUGCAGCUGCUGCUGGAGGCUGCACCAGAGGCGGGGUGGCUGGUGGGUCGGCUGGGGCAGGAGCAGCGUGCACGGCUGCGCACCGCGGCCCUCAGCCUGGGCAGAGCGGCGGCGCUGUUGCAUGGUGCAUUGGCGCUGCCAGCAGAGGUCAACCACCGCAUCCUGGCGCGGGCGCUGGAGCAGCCAUGA